UGUGUUAUCUAUGGUUCUUCGAAAAUCGAAAUCAUAUCCUUUAUUUUAAAAUAAUUGUGGUUAAGAGCGUUAAGUGGUAUAUGUCUCAAGAAUUCCUGUUGAAUAUUUAAAAUGGAAUCUGAAAUAAUUGAUUUUGAUAAUGCUUUUUCUGUGUAUCGUUCUGCUCUCAGUACCCGCUAUGCCAGCAAAGAAAUGCAAUAUCUGUUUAGCGAUCAGAAAAAAUUUUCUACAUGGAGGAAAUUAUGGAUAAAUUUAGCAACAGCCGAAAAGCAAUUAGGACUGAAUAUAUCAGAAGACCAAAUAAUUGAAAUGAAAAACAAUAUCUAUAAUAUAGAUUUUAAAGAAGCUGCAGCAGAGGAAGCUUUAACUCGUCAUGACGUUAUGGCACAUGUACAUGUAUUUGCUAAGCAGUGUCCGAAAGCAGCACCCAUAAUACAUCUUGGAGCCACAUCAUGCUUCGUUGGAGACAACACAGACCUUAUCAUUAUAAAAGAAGGUUUGGAUUUGUUAUUGCCAAAAUUAGCUGUUGUAAUGAGAAAUUUAGCAAAAUUUGCUGAUGAAUAUAAAUUGGUACCCACUCUGGGAUUUACCCAUCUGCAGCCAGCUCAAUUAACAACAGUGGGAAAGAGAGCUUCCAUGUGGCUUUUUGAUUUCUUAAUGGACGAAAGAGCUUUAAGAGAAGCUAAACAUAAUUUAAGAUUCCGUGGUGCUAAAGGAACAACAGGUACACAGGCUUCCUUUCUAGCUUUAUUCAAUGGAGAUUCUAAAAAGGUUAAAGAAUUAGAUAAAUUGGUUGCCCAGAUAUCUGGUUUCGACAAAACCUAUCCAGUUAUUGGCCAAACCUAUAGCAGAAAAGUUGAUAUUGAAAUAGUUAAUGUCUUAUCAUCUCUUGGUUCCUCUGCUCAUAAAAUGUGUAGUGAUAUAAGAAUACUAGCCAAUAUGAAAGAAAUUGAAGAACCUUUUGAAAAGAGUCAAAUUGGAAGUUCAGCAAUGCCUUACAAGAGAAACCCAAUGAGAUCUGAAAGGGGUUGUGCCUUAGCAAGACAUCUUAUGACUCUAUCAACAAACAGCCUCCAUACUCAUGCUGUGCAAUGGUUGGAAAGAACACUAGAUGACUCUGCUAAUAGAAGGAUUACUCUAUCUGAAGCCUUUUUAACAGCUGAUGCUGUACUUAUGGUUCUUUCCAAUAUAACACAAGGUUUAGUAGUAUAUCCAAAAGUAAUCGAGAAAAGAAUAUCCCAAGAAUUACCUUUCAUGUCUACGGAAAACAUUAUUAUGGAAAUGGUGAAGAGAGGUGCAGAUAGGCAGGUUUGUCAUGAAAAAAUAAGAGUAUUGUCCCAAGAAUCUGGUUUAGAAGUGAAGAAAUAUGGCAAAGACAAUGAUUUUUUGGAUAGAGUUCGAAAAGAUCCCUAUUUUAAACCCAUAUUGGAAGACUUGGAUAAUAUUUUGGAUCCAAAAACUUAUAUUGGUAGAUCUGAUGAGCAAGUUACAGAAUUUUUAAUUGAUGAAGUACAACCAAUUCUUGAAUUAUACAGUUCAAAAGAAAAUUCCAAUGUACAACUCUGUAUAUAAGAGUAUAUUUCAUAAAUUAUGUAGAUAUGUAUAUAUCUUGAAUACACUUUAUUCGACUAUAA